AUGCCCGAGGAGCAAGAAAAGCCCCCAGAUACUAGGGACGACACUAUCCCCCCCCGCUCCGAUCCCUCAGAUAAUGCACAGUUGGAGAAGGACAACACGGUGAAUGGUGAAAACGAGGAAAAUUCCCAACCCCCAGUAUUGGAAGGAUGGAGACUCAGACUCCUCACAGUCGGAAUUUGUCUUUGCGUCUUUCUCUCUUCCCUCGACAUCACCAUACAGCUGGGUGGUGUCCAGCUACCUGACCUCCUAUUUCAGUACAAGCCCGUCAAACCCUCCGUCUUAGCAUUCGACUCAUUUUCUUACUCUUCGCCAGGCUUUCUCAUUAUAUGGGCCAAACUGAGCGACUUCUUUGGUCGUAAGCUGAUGCUCGUCACUGCGGUGGUGCUCUUCCUUGCCUUCUCGGGAGGGUGUGGAUGCGCUCACACCCUAACACAGCUUAUUCUCUGCCGUUCCUUGCAAGGGGUUGGUGGUGCAGGUAUUUUCAGCAUGGUCCCCAUCGUCGUGGCAGAGAUGGUGCAACCAGCCAAAUACGGUGCCUACAAUGGAAUUGUCUCCCUUGCCAUUGCAUUCAGCUUUCUUCUGGGACCGCUAUUUGGCGGAGCCAUCUCAGACGGCGCCACCUGGCGCUGGAUCUUCUACAUCAACCUUCCCGUCGGGUUCGUCGGACUCAUUCUCGUCCUUGUAGCUAUGCCGGCUGGCUUUCCCAACUCUUCUGCAAUCACAUCCCCAACAUUCUGCAACCUCAUUAGGCGAAAUGUCACUCUUCGUGGCCGCAUCGACUAUCCGGGCUUCUCCAUGCUCCUAGCCGCGUCUGUCUUGCUCAUUGUGGCCAUCGAGGAGGCAGGUAUCUCCUUUACAUGGAGCUCAACCCUUGUCAUUGCCUUUUUGGUGGCCGCCGGGGUACUGCUGAUUCUCUUCCUCGUCUGGCAAUGGUAUCUCUAUCACGCCAAGUCUGCACGGGAGCCAAUUUUGCCCUGGGUGUUCUUCAAGAAGCGGGUGAUGAUGGGGAUAUUCCUCAACGCGCUACUAUCUGGUGUCCCUUUUGUGACCCUGGUACUCGAACUGCCCCUUCGAUUUAUGAGUAUCAAUGGCCGUUCUGGUCUCAAAUCGGGAAUUUCCAUUUUACCCUUUACGCUUACCAUUGCUUUUGGGUCCGCAUUAACCGGCGGUCUUACCGCACGAGGACGCGUUCCGCCCAUCGUGCUGCUAUUUACCGCCACCGUCCUACAGAUCCUUGGAAUAGGUCUUCUUUACUCGGUUCCCGUCAACGCGAGUAUUCCUGCCCGCGUCUACGGAUAUCAAACACUGGCUGGACUGGGCACAGGCCUCAGUUUGACCACCCUCUUGAACAUUGUACCAUUCAUCGUAGAGAGACGCGUUCUCGCUGUUGCCCUGGGUGGAGUCACACAGUUGCGCAUCCUUGGCGGUGCGUUGGGAGUCUCGAUUGCGACAAACUUAUUGAACAACAACGCUAAGAAUCAGCUGGCAGCGCAAUUGUCUGCCGAUGCGCUGGUGCAAAUUCUCAAAGAUGUAUCAUCGGUUCGGACCCUGUCGCCGACUGAUCAGUCGAUUGUGCAUGCGGCUUUUGCGGAAGGAUAUCAUCAACAGCUAGCUAUGAUACUAGGAUUUUGUGCAGCUGAAAGUAUUGCCUUGGCGCUGAUGUGGGAAUGGCCGAUGCGACGGUUGGCGUAG